AUGGCGGACCAAAAUAUCUCUCAGUAUAAGUACUCGGCGAUGUCCAACCUGGUUCUCCAGGCGGACCGUCGUUUCAUUUCUCGCAUCAACGAUGAACCCACAGGAGACCCAGAAUCCCUCGCAGGUCGGAUUAGUAUUCGGGAGAUGGGCGGCAGGAUGGCGCGUGAUGAUGCGCCAAAGACGAAAAAGAAAGCCGGUCUGACAGAUAUUGAGCGGGGUUCGAUUCGAGAGGGCGAGGAUGUACUCGCUCGAGAACAAAAGAAGCGCCAACGAGGCCAACCAGCACAAUUACGAGGUCAAGGUAUCCUUUCGGCUGCCGAUGCUGUUGUCGAAGGGUUGAAAUACCGCCCCCGCACGCCUGCCACCCGAGCCACAUAUGACCUUAUCCUUACCAUGACCGCAAACCAUCUCGGCGAUGUUCCUCACGAAGUCGUACGAAGUGCCGCCGAUGCCGUGCUGGAAUACCUGAAGGAUGAGGACAUGAAAGAUUUCGAUAAGAAAAAGGAGAUCGAUGAUUUGCUUGGUAGUUCGAUGAAUCCUAAAGAAUUCAAUGAGCUUGUCAAUUUGGGCAAGAAGAUCACCGACUAUGACGCGCAGGACGAAGAUGAAGAUAUGGAUGGUGGUCUUCAAGGUGAAGGUGAGGAGGAACUUGACGAACGCCAGGGUGUUGCCGUUGUUUUCGACGAGGAAGACGAAGAUGACGAGCGGAUGGGCACUGUCAACGAAGUGCGAGACGACGAUGAGUUGUCAGAUGAGGACGAGGCAGAUCAGCAAGACGCGCCCGGCACUGACGAGUCAAGUGCCGAAAAGGUAGACGCCGAUGAUCUCGACACUGAGGAAAUGGUAAUAGACGGCGGCAUGGAGCGUGAUGAUGAUCGAGGGGGUAAAGCACUUAAGGUUUCGGCUCGUGAAAUUGAUGCCUACUGGCUUCAACGUGAGAUCGGUAAAGCAUACUCAGAUGCCCAUAUCCAACAAGAGAAGGCUACGGAGGCACUGGAGAUUCUUGGUGGUAAAGGCGAGGAUGGCGCUGAGAAGCCACUCCGGGAUGUGGAAAACGAUCUAAUGGAGCUCUUCGACUAUGACUAUCCGGACCUCGUUGCUAAACUGGUUACGAACCGUGACAAGAUUGUUUGGACCACUCGAUGGCGCAGGGUGGCUGAAGAUGCGGAUGCCCGCAAUCUUGUUGAGAGCGAAAUGGUCGAAGCCGGACAUCGUGCCAUUUUGGAUGAAAUUAGAGGAAAGACUGCUCGUGAUGACGGCACUGGUCGCCCUGAGAAAAAGAUCAAGCUCGACCUGAUGGACGUCGAUGUACCAAAUGCUCCUGGUCCAGAAGAAAAGCCAGCCGAUGGCGGCUUGGUCCGAGGCCUUCAACCCAAGCGGCUGAUCAAUCUGGAAAACCUCGUCUUCCACCAAGGAAAUCACCUGAUGACAAACCCCAGUGUCAAAUUACCCCAGGGUUCGACCAAGCGGACAUUCAAAGGGUACGAAGAGAUUCAUGUGCCCCCUCCCAAAGCGAAGAGAGAUCCCGGAGAAAAGAACAUCCCGACCACAGAACUUCCCGAAUGGGCGCGAAUUGGUUUCGGAAGCUCGAAGGAACUCAACCGUAUCCAGACUAAGUGUUUCCCUACGGCCUUCCAUGAUGAUGGUAAUAUGCUUGUCUGUGCGCCUACUGGAUCCGGAAAGACCAAUGUUGCCAUGCUCACCGUCCUUCGAGAGAUUGGGAAGAACCGUAACCCUCAAACUGGCGAAAUAAUGCUCGACGACUUUAAGAUCGUUUUUAUCUCACCUCUGAAGGCCUUGGUUCAGGAGCAAGUUGGAAACCUUGGCAAGCGUUUGGAGCCCUAUGGCAUCAAGGUCGCCGAACUUACUGGCGAUCGCCAGCUUACAAAGCAACAAAUCGCUGAAACCCAGGUCAUUGUUACGACUCCAGAGAAGUUCGAUGUUGUUACGAGAAAGGCAUCAGAGACAAGCUAUAUUAAACUUGUGCGGCUUGUUAUCAUUGAUGAGAUCCAUCUUCUUCACGAUGAUCGUGGCCCUGUCAUUGAAAGCAUCGUAAGUCGGAUUAUUCGCAAGGGCGAGCAGACUGGUGAGCCUGUCCGAAUUGUUGGUCUGAGUGCCACCCUCCCUAACUACCGGGAUGUGGGAAGCUUCUUGCGAGUUGACCCUGUAAAAGGCCUAUUCCAUUUCGAUGGCUCCUAUAGGCCUUGUCCGUUGAAGCAGGAGUUCAUUGGUGUUACAGACAAGAAGGCCAUCAAGCAGUUGAAGACCAUGAAUGAUAUCUGUUAUAAUAAGGUCAUUGAGCAAGUCGGGCAGCAUAGGAACCAGAUGCUUAUCUUCGUUCACUCUCGGAAAGAGACUGCCAAAACGGCGAAGUAUAUCCGAGACAAGGCCUUGGAGAUGGAGACUAUUGGUCAAAUCUUGCGAAGCGAUGCUGCUAGUCGAGCCAUCCUGGCUGAAGAAGCAGAGUCCGUAGAUGAUGCAUCGCUGAAGGAUCUACUCCCCUACGGUUUUGGUAUUCAUCAUGCUGGUCUGAGUCUGGCCGAUCGUGACUCAGUCCAGGCACUCUUCGCGGAUGGCAGCAUUCAGGUUCUAGUUUGUACCGCGACACUUGCUUGGGGUAUUAACCUUCCUGCGCAUACUGUCAUCAUCAAGGGCACCCAGGUUUAUUCUCCAGAGAAGGGCAGUUGGGUUGAACUGAGCCCUCAAGAUGUCCUCCAAAUGUUGGGAAGAGCUGGUCGACCGCAAUAUGACACUUUCGGCGAAGGUAUCAUUAUCACUUCUCAGACGGAGAUUCAGUACUACCUCUCCCUCAUGAAUCAACAACUCCCUAUUGAGAGUCAACUUGUGAGUAAACUUGCGGAUAAUAUGAAUGCCGAGAUCGUUCUUGGAAAUAUCCGGACGCGCGAUGAGGGUGUCGACUGGUUGGGUUACACCUACCUUUUCGUCCGUAUGCUCCGCUCUCCUGGGCUGUAUAGUGUUGGUGCCGACUACGAGAACGACGAUGCUUUGGAGCAGAAGCGUGUUGAUCUCGUCCACUCUGCGGCAGUGGUCUUGGAGCGGGCAGGCCUUGUGAAAUACGAGAAGAAGACUGGUCGUCUUCAGUCUACUGAACUGGGACGGGUUGCUUCGCAUUACUACAUUGGCCACAACUCCAUGUUAACGUACUCUCAACAUCUUCAACCAUCCGUCACUACCAUUGAGCUCUUUCGAAUUUUCGCUCUUAGCGAUGAGUUUAAGUAUAUCCCUGUGCGUCAGGACGAGAAGCUUGAACUAGCGAAGCUUCUAGGCCGUGUGCCGGUUCCUGUCAAGGAAGGUAUUGAUGAGCCUCACUCGAAAAUUAAUGUUUUGUUACAGGCUUAUAUUUCGAGACUGAAGCUUGAUGGUCUUGCUUUGAUGGCAGACAUGGUAUAUGUUACCCAAUCCGCUGGUCGUCUUCUGCGAGCUCUGUUCGAGAUUUCGCUCAGGAAGGGUUGGUCAUCUGUUGCCAAGACAGCUCUCGAUCUCUGCAAGAUGGCUGAAAGACGCAUGUGGCCGACAAUGACACCUCUUCGUCAGUUCCCAUCCUGCCCCAGGGACAUCAUGCAAAAGGCGGAAAGAAUCGACGUGCCGUGGUCAAGCUAUCUUGACCUUGAUCCUCCGCGUAUGGGUGAACUUUUGGGUAUGCCGAAGGCUGGACGUAUUGUCUGCGAUCUUGUGUCUAAGUUCCCUCGUCUGGAAGUCCAAGCGCAAGUUCAACCGGUGACACGGUCCAUGCUACGCGUUGAGUUGACCAUCACGCCCAACUUUGUUUGGGACGAGACGUUGCACGGAACCGCGCAAGAUUUCUGGAUUGUAGUUGAGGACUGUGAUGGCGAGGAAAUCCUUUUCCACGAUCAGUUCAUGCUUCGCAAAGACUAUGCGCAGUCGGAGAUGAAUGAGCAUCUUGUUGAGUUCACCGUACCUAUCACCGAGCCGAUGCCCCCCAAUUACUUCAUUUCACUCAUCUCCGACCGCUGGAUGCAUUCCGAAACGAAGAUCGCUGUCUCCUUCCAGAAGUUAAUCCUUCCAGAAAGAUUCCCCCCGCACACUCCUCUAUUGGCCAUGCAAAGCGCCCCAGUUAAGGCAUUGAAGCGUGACGAGUACCAGAACUUAUACGCCGAUUGGCAGUAUUUUAAUAAGAUCCAGACGCAGACCUUCAAAUCGCUCUUUGAUACAGAUGAUAAUGUCUUCGUCGGUGCCCCUACUGGGAGCGGAAAGACCGUGUGUGCAGAACUUGCGUUACUACGUCACUGGGCAAAGGAGGAUAGCGGUCGUGCUGUCUAUAUUGCCCCCUUCCAGGAACUGGUUGAUCAGCGACAUGCUGACUGGGAGAAGAGGUUGAGCAAGCUCUCCGGUGGCAAGACUAUCGUGAAGCUUACUGGAGAGACUACGGCUGACCUGAAGCUCUUGGAGCGGGCAGACCUUGUCCUCGCCACCCCAACACAGUGGGACGUCCUUUCUAGGCAAUGGCAGAGGCGCAAGAAUGUACAGACUGUGCAGCUCUUCAUCGCAGAUGAGCUCCACAUGCUAGGAGGCUAUGGGGGCUAUGUUUAUGAGGUCGUGGUGUCGCGCAUGCAUUCUAUCGCUCUCCAGCUCGAGAAUGGCAUGCGGAUCAUUGGUCUAAGCGUGUCGCUUGCCAACGCUCGCGACAUUGGCGAAUGGAUUGGUGCCAACAAACAUACCAUCUACAACUUCAGUCCCCAUGCCCGUCCAGUUCCUCUGGAACUCCACAUUCAGUCCUUUAGCAUCCCUCAUUUCCCCUCCCUUAUGUUGGCGAUGGCCAGACCAGCAUAUUCUUCGAUCCUGCAGCUCUCACCAGACAAGCCUGCAAUCAUUUUCGUGCCAAACCGCAAGCAAACUCGCUCCACCGCCAUGGAUCUGCUGGCCGCUUGUGCUACCGAUGAUGAUGAAGACCGGUUCUUGAAUGCCGAUGUCAACGAAUUGGCUCCGCUACUUAAUCGGGUUCAGGAGCAGACCUUGGCUGAGUCACUGUCUCACGGUAUCGGAUACUAUCACGAGGCAUUGAGUGCUACGGACAAGCGAAUUGUUUCCCACCUUUUUUCGAUUGGUGCUAUUCAGGUGCUCCUUGCUUCUCGGGAUGUGUGCUGGGAGCUCAAUCUCACGGCACACUUGGUAAUCGUUAUGGGGACGCAAUUCUUUGAAGGCCGCGAACAUCGGUAUAUCGACUAUCCUAUCAGCGAAGUUCUGCAAAUGUUCGGUAAAGCCUCUCGUCCUGGCGAAGAUAAGAUUGGCCGAGGCGUGCUCAUGGUUCCGUCCGUCAAACGCGAAUACUACAAGAAGUUCCUUAACGAGGCGCUUCCUGUGGAGAGCCAUUUGCAGGCUUACUUGCAUGAUGCCUUUGUGACUGAAAUCAGCACUAAAGUUGUUGGCUCUACCCAGGAUGCCGUCGACUGGAUGACGCACACGUACUUCUACCGUCGCCUCCUGGCUAACCCCAGCUUCUACGGUCUCACUGAUGUUAGCUACGAGGGCCUCAGCACCUUUUUGUCGGAGCUUGUAGAGAACACAUUGAAGGAACUCUCGGAAGCCAAGAUCAUUGAUUUGGAUGAAGAAGACGAUAGUGUUUCACCUCUCAAUGCCGCUAUGAUCGCAGCCUACUACAAUAUCUCUUUUAUCACCAUGCAGACCUUCCUCCUUUCUUUGUCGUCUCGUACCAAACUCAAGGGUAUUCUCGAGAUUGUCACAUCGGCUACGGAGUUUGAGUCGAUCCAGAUGCGUCGCCACGAAGACCACAUUUUGCGCCGUGUGUACGACCGGGUGCCUGUCAAGAUGUCCCAGGCUGCAUAUGACUCGCCGCACUUCAAGGCUUUCGUUCUGCUCCAAGCUCACUUCUCGCGCAUGCAACUUACCAUUGACCUGGCGAAGGAUCAAGAAGUCAUUGUUAGCAAGGUUCUCAACUUGCUCAGCGCAUGUGUGGACGUUCUCUCCUCCGAAGGCCAUCUGAAUGCUAUGAACGCUAUGGAAAUGUCCCAGAUGGUUGUUCAGGCCAUGUGGGAUCGGGAUAGCCCUCUCAAGCAGAUUCCUCACUUCAGCCCUGAGGUGAUUAAGGUGGCUAAUGAGUUCGGCAUCAACGACAUCUUCGAGUUCAUGGAAGCCAUGGACCCCUCGGAGAACAAGGAGUAUGCUACACUGGUCAAACGUCUUGGUCUUGACAACAAGCAAUUGGCACAGGCAGCAGCCUUCACCAACGACAAAUAUCCCAAUAUCGAUGUCGACUUCCAGGUCGAAGAUCCGGACGAUAUCACUGCUGGCGAGCCUGCGUACCUCAAGGUCAAGAUCGAACGGGAAGUUGAAGAAGACGAGGAGCCCGACAUGACAGUUCACGCGCCCUUCUACACCAACAAGAAGAUGGAGAACUGGUGGUUGGUUGUGGGAGAUGAGAAGACCAAGAGCUUGCUUGCGAUUAAGCGAGUUACCGUUGGGCGGAAGUUGGAGUUGCGUCUCGAAUACAUCGUUCCGACUCCUGGCGAGCAUGAAUUGACAUUGUACCUGAUGAGCGACAGCUAUGUGGGAGUUGACCAAGCGCCAACUUUCAAUGUCACCGCCGCUGAGGGAAUGGAAGAGGAUGAGAGCGAGGAAGAAGAGGAGGAGGUCCUACUAGGAGCUCCUCGGCGGUCCGCAGCCGUGCCCAAUACAUCUGGCACUUUGGCUGUGUAUACCCAAACCUCCUACUCCUUCGAGUCACAUGCGAAGACCAGCGAAAUACGAGUGAUAGAUAUCACCACAGGCCGAUCUUCUCUAAUCACAAAUGAUCCAAGUGCGAGCUCUCCGCAGUGGCUGGGGAACGAUGACCGUUUGAUAUGGCUCAAAACAAAGGCGAACGGCAAUACAAGCUUCAUAAUUGGGCAUGCUCGCGAGGCAGGCAAGACCUACACUGCUGGAACAGUCCCUGGGCCAGUGGCGAACCUCAAGGUCACCGUCAUUGAGUCGGGAAAGAUAGGUUUCGCUGUAACUGGCAAGGCGAAUCCGGAUGGGUCCCUUUACAACCCUCACGAUGCCAAAAAGCCUCACACGACUGGGAGACUGUACUCCUCAUUAUAUGUCAGGCAUUGGGAUUCGUACAUCGAGCCCCAAACGAAUUCCAUCUGGUACGGCCUAUUACAACAAGCCCCGUUGACUCCUGCCACCAGACAUGCAGGAAAGUACUCGACCUCAGGUCUAACAAACCUGAUCUCAGUUUGCGGGUUAACCGGCGUUGAAUCACCAAUCCCACCUUUUGGGGGCUCUGGAGAUUUUGACAUCAGCCCCUCCGCAAUUGUCUUCGUAGCUAAGGACCCUAAUGAGAACCCUGCCACGCACACCUCCUGCUCGUGUUAUUAUUGUCCGAUGUUUUCUUGGACUAGUGUGACGGCAAUGGAAUCUCAAAAGAUAUAUGCAGUCAAGGGUCUUGAGGGAGCCAUGUCUUCCCCCGUUCUCUCGUCGGAUGGCAGCUCCAUUGCUCUCCUUGCGAUGAGGGAAGAUGGUUACGAGUCUGACAAGAACAGAAUACUUUAUGUGCCGAACCCCUGGAGUGGAGAAAUGAUAGAGGCUUUCGCGUCCCCGGAUGGAAAAGGGUUGUGGCAUCUAAGUCCAUCGGCCGUGACAUUCGCAAACGACGACCAGUCCCUUUUUGUCCAAGUCGAGGAAAACGGUCGUGGAGUCUUAUACCAGCUUCCUCUCGCUAACUUCCGUCAAUCUCGCCCCUCUGCGUUGAAGAAGCUGACACAUUCGGGCUAUGUGAGUGAUGUGUUUCCUGCUUCAGCCAAUUCAUCCAAAUUGCUUGUGGCAAGCAACAGCCUGGUAGAAAACAGCCGGUGGACAAUAAUCGAUCCACAGUCUCCUGAGAGUCCCAAAGUCAUAUCUUCACUUUCUCGUGGUGGUGCUGCCUUUGGACUGUCUCCAGCACAGGUCGAUGAAAUAUGGUUCAGGGGAGCCGAAGACCACCCCGUUCAUGCCUGGGUCGUAAAGCCAUCCGAUUUCAAGCCUGGUAACAAAUAUCCCCUCGCAUACUUGAUUCAUGGAGGUCCGCAAGGUGCAUGGAAUGAUCAGUGGAGCACACGCUGGAAUCCCGCUGUUUUUGCUGAGCAAGGAUACGUGGUCAUCACUCCCAACCCCACGGGCAGUACCGGCUACGGACAGGCAUUUACAGAUGCCAUCCGUGGUUCCUGGGGAGGACUUCCGUACAUUGAUCUCGAAAAGGGAUUCGACUAUAUUGAGAAGAAUCUGGACUAUGUCGACACAACUCGAGCUGUGGCGCUGGGGGCAUCGUUCGGUGGGUAUAUGGUAAACUGGAUCCAGGGCCAUGAGCUUGGUCGCCGCUUCAAGGCUCUUGUGACCCAUGAUGGUAUCUUCAGUAUGCGCUCCCUGUUGAGCACCGAGGAGCUCUACUUCCCUGUUCGAGACCUUCAGGGCCCCUACUGGAAAGUUCCAGAGAACUGGGACAAGUGGGACCCAUCUCGAUUCACAGGGAACUGGCAAACUCCCCACUUGGUCAUCCAUAACGAACUGGAUUAUCGUCUGACGAUUGCCGAAGGACUUGGAGCCUUCAACGUCUUGCAAAUGAGGGGCGUGGACAGUCAAUUUCUAACGUUCCCUGAUGAGAACCAUUGGGUACUGAAUCCAGAGAAUUCUCUCAUGUGGCACCGUACUAUCUUUAACUUCAUCAACAAGUAUGUUGGGUUGCCGUCGGAAAGCCGGCCAGAUUUAGAAAAUGGCGUGGCUAAUAUGUCUUUAUAA